AGGUUACAGUAGCAUACUUUGUAUCAGUCAAAUUCUCGCGAUAGUUAGGACUUCCUAAUCGCACAACUUGUUGCUUCCUGGGUCUUCCUCUUGUUUUCAAGUUAAGACGAUUAAGAAGAACGUUUGGACUACUGAAUCGAAGCAAGAUUUCCAGGAUUAAAACCCCCAGAGACCCAACCAUUUCACCAUGUCAGCCCUGAGCGGUAAGGUCCAGACGGUGUUGGGUCCGAUAGAACCCGACCAGCUGGGUAGAACCAUGACCCACGAGCACCUGACCAUGACCUUUGAGUGCUGCUACUUCUCUCCGGCCCCAGGGGACGAGACGGUUGCCCAGGCCCCCAUCCAGAUGAAGAAUCUAUUCUGGCUGAAACAGAACCCUUACAGCAGCCAUGAAAACCUGCUGCUGCUGCAGGAGACCAAUGCUGUGCGGGAAGAGCUGCAUGAGUACCGAAAGGCAGGAGGGGGUACCAUCGUAGAAAACACUACCCAGGGUAUCGCCCGGGAUCUGCCCUGCCUCAAACAGCUGGCCAAGAAUACGGGCGUCCACAUCAUAGGAGGCGCGGGGUACUAUGUGGACGCCACCCACUCUGAGGCCACCAGGAAGAUGACCGUGGAGAAGCUCACAGACAUCAUCAUCAGUGAGGUUCUCCAUGGGGCGGAUGGGACCGAGAUCCGCUGCGGUGUGAUUGGAGAGAUCGGCUGCAGCUGGCCAAUCACGGACAGUGAGAAGAAAGUGCUGCAGGCCACUGCACAUGCUCAGACCGAGCUGGGCUGCCCAGUCAUCAUCCACCCAGGACGGAACCCUGGUGCACCGGCUGAGAUAGUGCGUCUCCUGCAAGAAGCUGGAGGUGACAUCAGCAAGACCGUUAUGUCACACCUGGAUAGGACCAUAUUUGACAAUGGAGAGCUGCUGGAGUUUGCAAAGAUGGGGAGUUACCUGGAAUACGACCUGUUUGGAACAGAGAUGCUGAACUAUGCCUAUAACAUGGAGGUGGACAUGCCCAGUGACAGCCAGAGAGUCAAGACCUUGGCGUUCCUGGUCCAGGAGGGAUAUGAGGACAACAUUGUCAUUGCCCACGACAUCCACACCAAGAACCGUCUCACCAAGUACGGAGGGCACGGCUACUCACACAUACUGAAGAACAUCGUGCCCAAGAUGCUGAGGAGAGGGAUUAACCAGAACCAGGUGGACAAGAUCCUCAUAGACAACCCCAAACGCUGGCUCACGUUCAAAUGAAGGAUCAGAAUCAGAUCACGCAGAAGAUAAAGGCUGCUCCAUAGGCCUUUAUCCUUUUCAACAGCUACUGAACUCACAGUAAAAAAAGUGUUUAGAAAUGUUUUAUUACUUGCAAAUUAUCAAAUGCAAUUAAUGUCAGAAGUUGACAUGUUUUAUUCUUGCUACUUGUCUGUGAUUUACUGAAUCAAAGUGUUCUAUUGAGAGGUAAACAAGGAAAGAAAACCUUGGAUUGAAAACUAACAACAUUCUGAUAGCUGAGUGAGGAGUAAUGUUAAAUCAAAUAUAUUUGUCACACAAUUACUUGCCAUGACUGAAUCAAAGCUUCAAUUCAUGUUUGUAAUUCAUUAUUAAUACUGUAAGCAAAUAAAUUAAACCAUCCAGCUAGAAAAUAAGUCGUAGACUAAAUCUAAAUGUGGUGCCAAUAUACACAGAAACCAAAUGUCAUUUAACAAGACAAAGCGACAGUUUCUGCCCCAAACAAACUCAAGGACAUGGACCGCACAUCGUCUGCACCUGGUGCUCUACUCAUAAAUAUGGUGCUUUCCGUUCUGACUAGUUUUAGUAAAAGCCAUAGGAGCUUUGUAGUAAUGACGUUUAACAAAGAUUCUUUGUGAAAAGUAGUAACAUUGUUCCCGUUUUAGAUUUUAGAUUUUUUUAUUUCUAAAAGAUAUUGGGGUACCAAAAGUUCUUUAUUAGUAUGCUUGUUAGAUGAGUUUUCAUGAUGUCACACUGUGACUGGGUGGAUAUAGGAGGGGAUCUGGUUGGCUGGUAGGUUGUGAUGUCACCCAAUGGGUUCCUAUGGGAGGGAGCUGGUUGGCUGGUAGGUCAUCCUGACGGACAUGGUCUUCUCUUCUGAGAACAGGUGGCAUCACAGAGGGACUUCACCACAUGAGCAUCGACAUCACAGCAGACGAUACAUAACCAUUGUGUCACUUUAGGACAGUGUGUGAUAGGAUUUUAAAAGUUAGGGAGUAGGAGUGUAUUUUUUUCUUUCUGAUACAUCACCAAAUUGAGCAUCAUGGUAGUCUGCCAUUCAGAGGAAAAUGUGACCCAGGAAUAUUUUCUUACCAUUUUUAAUGCUCUGCUAAAAUUAGAACUGACCUGUUGAUUUUGUUUUACAUGAAUACUGUACCAAAGUCAUUAAAAUUGGUUUUGAUUUA